UUGUUCAUUCGUUCAUUCAUUUUUACAAACUAUUUAUUAUAAUUGUAUGCUAGUUGUGUUAGUGUAAGAAACAAAAAAAAGCUGAAAUAAUUUUAAGACAACAUUCUGUAUUAUUAAGCAGCGGGCAUACGUGGGGGGUAGCACGAGGGCGCGCUACUCGUGUUUCGCUUCGCGUAGCUUUUGACAGAGGCGAGGGACGGAUUUUUCAAGAGGAUUUCUUCCCUAAAACUGAUCAUCGUUGGCUACCCCUGUUGAACAGCGCAAAGCCAUGGCCGACCGCCAGCGUGAAGAUGAAGAAAGUAGUUUGGAGGUUUUGAAACGCAUUGAAAAUGUAAUCCUGGAAAUAGUAACUCAUCUCGCGAAGGAUGAGGCACCAGCCCUUGUGCUACCAAACAGAUCCAGCUGGGACAAUGUCAGUUUUGACAAUGCCAUUGGGCUUCAGAUGAGUUCAACAAGUGCUGUCCGGACGAUCAGAAGUGACUGCCCAAGAACUGCCACCACAUUUUCCCAGAUUCUCAAGAUUCUCUCUGUGACUUACACACUUGUGCAGAGCAACUCAUAUGCCACAAAAAGAGACAUCUAUUACAACCAUCCCCAGCUGUUUGGCUCUCAGAAAAUUGUUGAUAGAAUAGUGGAUGAUGUAUCCUGCAUGCUCAAGAUUCCUCGAAGAUCUCUUCACGUGUUGGCCACGUCCAAAGGUUUAAUCUCAGGUGAUCUUUGUUAUAUGGAGGAGGACGGGACGAGGAUCAACUGCCACUCAAACUCCUCUGCUGUCGCGGUCUCAUCCAACAUUGGAGGCAUCCGUAAUAUUGUAUCAUCAGCCAAAUUCAUUCUCGUAGUUGAGAAGGAUGCUACAUUUCAGAGACUUCUUCAGGAUGACUUCUGCACAAAGCUUUCUCCAUUAAUCAUGAUCACGGGUAAAGGCUUUCCAGAUGUGAACAGCAGGUUGAUGGUGAGAAAGCUCUGGGACGUGCUCCACGUCCCCAUCUUCACUUUGGUGGAUGCCGACCCGCACGGCAUUGAAAUCAUGUGUAUCUACAAGUAUGGAUCAGUGGCCAUGUCAUUUGAGGCCCAAAGCCUGACCAUCCCCAAUGUCAUGUGGUUAGGCCUCCUCCCCUCGGACCUCGAGAGGUUACAGAUUCCUCGGAAUGCUCUGAUCCCCCUCACCAAGGCUGAUGAAAACAAACUCAACAGCCUCCUCAAAAGGCCCUAUGUGACGGCCCAACCAGAGUGGCUGAUAGAGAUGACGUUGAUGCAGAAGAAUAGAGUCAAAGCAGAAAUACAAUCGCUGGCAGCCAUCGGUCCGGAUUUCCUCACAAGCAUCUAUCUGCCCAACAAACUGCGCUUUGGGGGCUGGUUAUAAGUGCAAUGCUGCCACCUCGUGGGAGAAGAACUUAAUGACAGCAUUGGUUGGAAAUAGCGUUGUAUGGAAUGGAUCAGUUUUAACCUUUACUGUCAAAAUGUCUUGUUUAUUUCACAUGCAUGUACAUUAAAUCUUCGUAUUUUUAUACGAUUUAUGUCACAUUGGGGACGUCACAUUGUGUGUGGUCAUAUUUGGACAAUUUCUCUAAGUACGUUUGCAGGAGAAGGAAAAGAAAAUUUGGAAGAGGGAAUGACUGUCAAGAUUAAAACACAUUUGAGUCAACAGAAGAAAUGUGGGAUCAUAAAACAUGCAAUUUGGUAGUUUAUUACAAAUAUUAGUCUUUAAACAUAUUUUCAGAUUUUCCAGAUCUGUUUUUUUAUAUUUAUGUUGAAACAAUGUCAUAAUUAUUUAAAUUCAAUAAAAAUGGAUUGAUCUCAAACACUUGCAUACAACGGCAGAUAACUGUCCCGUUCAUGAAGUCUCUUGCGUGUGUAGAUGUCUGCAGAUAAUUUGCCUUGUAGUGAGUAGUGCAGCGGUGUCAAACAUACAGCUCACAGCCCCCAAGGAGGUUUGAUCGGGCCCGCGGGAUCAUUUAAAAGUGAAAAAAUGAAUAAAAGACAAGGAAUGAAUAUUUUGAUAAGGUGCAAUUCACGGAGCAUCCGCUAGGGGAUGCACUGUUUUGGUUCGAGUAGAAGACAACAUUGUUUUGAUCAGAGAAGAAGACAACAGCCGCCUUAGUCUGUCACUGAGCAGACCCAAUAGAGCAGACACUAUAAAGGACAUGCGAAUAUUUUAUUCUUUACAUUUAAUAGCACUCUCCUUAGUUUGGAGGGUGUUAAAUUUAGAUUUUAUAUGCACAUGUGUAAAUGGUUUAAAAAGUUCAUUUCUUUAUAAAUCUCGUUUAAUCUUAAAAUGCAUUACUAUAUUUUCAAUACCAAUUACUUGUGAAAGUUUUGCGCCUUUUACAAUCAGUGAGAUCAGUUGUAAUGCAUAUAUGUGAGUGAUAAAAGUCAAUUGCACAUUUGUCUAAAGAAA